AUGGCUGCGUCAGCGGCGGCGCCUGCAACUUGGCGCGGUACCAACGACAGCGCUUCCGAGUACUGCCGGCGCGGGAACACGCCCGCCACCUAUGGUCGAUAUCAACGCAACAAUUCUACCGGGGCGCCAUACGCCACGCCGCCGUCCAACGUCGAAAGAACAACGCCACACCAUCGCUGGUACGCGAGCGCGGAUCGACCCGGGGGGCCGGGCGCGGCGGGUGCGGGCGCGGGCGCGGGUGCCGCGGCGGGCGCGGGCGUCGCGGGCGGCGGGGCCGGAGGGGGCGGCGAGAGCACGCCGAGCACGCCCGGCGGCGGCACGGAGGGCGGCCGGCGGCGGCGCCGCUCCGGCUCGGGCUCGUCGCGCUCCGACACCAGCUCGCCGGAGCCGAGCGACACGUCGCGCGCCUCCACGCCGGCCGCGCCGCCGCCCGACCGCCACGCGGCGCGGCGCACUCCGCCCGCGCACCACCACCAGUGGGCGUCUACAGCGAACGGGCGACCGCUCGCCAUCUGCGUACGCAACCUGCCGAGCCGCUCCACCGACAGCUCCCUCAAGGACGGCCUCUACCACGAGUACAAGAAGCACGGCAAGGUGGUUUGGGUGAAGGUGGUCGGUCAGAACGCCGAUCGGUACGCGGUGGUGCGUUUCAAGAAGCCGUCCGACGUGGACAAGGCGCUCGAAGUGUCGCAGGACAAACUGUUUUUCGGCUGCAAGAUCUCGGUGGCACCGCACCAGAAUUGCGAUGAGGACGCCGACUCCGCCAAGCCUUACGAGACUGAUAUCGAUGAAUACCAUCCCAAGGCGACCAGAACUUUAUUCAUCGGAAACCUCGAGAAGGAUGUUACGCAACAACAGUUGAGGGAUAAGUUCAAACACUAUGGACGGAUCAUCGAGAUUGAUAUAAAGAAGGGCAGCGGUGGAGGCGCGGGCUACGCUUUCUGCCAGUAUCAGUCCAUAUCGAGCGUCGUCGAGGCCAUCCGCGCCAUGGACGGGGAAUACGUCGGCGGCUCUCGGGUCAAGCUCGGCUUCGGGAAACCCGUAGCCACUACCUGCGUGUGGGUCGACGGCCUCACCGAGCACACCGAGAAACAGGUGCUGAGCGCGGUGUCGCGGUGCGGCGCGGCGACGUCGGUGUGCGUGGACCGCGCGGCGGGCGCGGCGCUGGUGCACUUCGAGCAGGCGGCGGCGGCGGGCGCGGCCGUGCGCGAGCUGCGACGCGUCGCCGCGCUCGCCUCCACCGCCGAGCCCGACCAGCCGCGCCUUGCCGUCGACUACGCCUCGAGGGAGUGCGAGGAGGCUUUCUACGAACAAUUAGAGAAGCACGGAGGUUCGGCAACAAUGCCCGGUUCAGAAAGAUUGGCUGGUGAUCUCACAACGCGUUAUGUACCGUCUGCAAGGCAUGAACAACUAAGAUACGAUGGGACGAGGACACGAGCUCCGAGCUUUGGUCGUGGGUCUUCCCGUACCCCACGAUACCCGUCACAUGAACAUUAUGACCCAGCAGAAUACGCUGCCGAUCGACGAUACAGGGUAUAUGAUGAGUUAGGUUCGAGUCCACAGACUGAUGAAACUCCAUACGAAGAUCGAUUACAAUCGGUUGUAGUAUCACCGCAUCGCACCCACAGACAUAGACGAGAUUCCAGUCCCGAAGAUCGAAAACGUUCUAAGGAACGUCACAGAAGUGCCGGCGGGGGCUCUCGCCGCUCCCGCUCGGGGUCUCGCGGAGGCUCCGUGCACACGUCGCGGCGGAGGCACAGGCGGCGGCGCGACGGCUCCGAUUCGCGCGGUUCGCGCGCUGGUACGCCGCUACGCGACGAGCCCGACGCGCCGCCAGUGGAGCCGCGCCGUCCGCCGCGCGAGCGCCCGCCCCUGCCCAUGAGUCUGCCGCUGCCCAAGUUCGCGGCGCAGCUCCUUCGCGCCGCGCCCACUACGCCGCGGCCCACGCCCGCCCCGGCGCCCGACUCACCGCCUCGACCGCCCUCCGUAUCUUCGUCCAGUACCGGCUCCGCGCCGCACUCGCCCUCACUCGAAGAACGCAUUCGCAGUCUUGACGAGAAAUAUGAGAAAUGGAGCGGAUCGCGCGCCCUCGCCGACACACCUGACCGCGCCCGUCUACGCCAUAGGCUAUUGGAGGUUGACAUCAAUGAAGUUAAGCCUUCAGAGGUCGUGCGGUCCCUUCUCGCUAAACGUUCCGUGUUCGAUGAAGACUCUGAACGGCUGGAAGGAGCGACCCGAGCGCCAAGUCCGGGAGGUAGUCCUCAUGCGCGUCCUUCGCCGUGCGUGUCCCGCGCUCUGCGAUACCCGUUCCCAUCACAUCCUACACACUUAUCUCUAGUGCCGACGACGACGUCAACGGGUCUUAUGUCUUCCGUCCCGAUGGUAGCGUUGUGCACCAAUGCGUUACCACCUCUUCCACCGCACCCGCCACCACCGGACUCUGAAUUAGAAUCAUCAGAGCGACCGGCCGAUCCUCGUCUCAACAGACCGGAAAGGCCUUAUCGGCUUGAAAAACUAGGGAAGUUCAAUGAAAGUGAUUAUAGACUGGAUUCUCGAGUUCGUUUAAGAACUCCUUCCGUUGAUAAAUUACAGACUGACACAACAGAUCGUAAAUCUUCACCAAUUUCGGAACGGAAUAGAGUAGAACAAGAAAAAGAAUUGAAACGAGAAAUAGGAAACAGGAAACAUGAUUCGGGUUUUGUUGGAACAGAAGAUGAUUCUAAAACAUACGUACCGGAUGUAGUAAAAGAUUGUUUCGAUAAAAUCGAUUCCGAUAUUCGAAACCGAGAAAAGAGCUUAUCACCAAGGGACGGCCUUCAUAUUGAAAGCUUAAAAAGAAGUGAAGAGAAACUUCCAACAUUGCUCAGUAGUAUAAAAACGGAAAGAAUUUUUAACCAUACUGAAACAUCAAUUCUCAGUGACAUAGUGGUAAACAGUAAUCAUGUUGAAAUAGACAUUAUAAAACAAGGAAUAAAGAAAGAAGAUUUUAUUAAAUGUGAAACACCGACAAGUAGAAGAUUACCCGAAGAGGACUUUUUAUUUAAUCGUGGACAUAACGUGAAAUCAGAAACAUCUAAAGAUGACCACGCGAAAAUAAAACUAAACUGUGACAAUAAAUUAGACCCACACUGCGCUCAAUUAUUUCAUAACUUCGAUGCCAAAAAUAUUAUUGGGAAUGAAACUCAGACACCAAGUCAUUUAAAUGCAGCUAAUUAUUUAGAUACUGUGAAAAAAAUUGAAAUAAAGCAGGAACAUAAAAAUAAUGAAAAGCAUAAGGAAAAAACCGACUUAAAUAUGUCUGAUACUUUUAACGACAAAAUUGAAAAAGAAAAUAUGGAUCUAGAACAUGCGGAAAAGACGAAAUUUGUUCCGUCGAAUCUUACCGAUAAAAAGCAUAUGGAUGCCAAACAUCAUGACGAAAAUUUAAAAAGCGAUAGUGAACAACUAAAGCCUAAACACAAAGAACGUUCCGAAAAGGAUAAGUAUGACUUAGAAAAAGAGAAGUCAAAGAAAAAUACUAAAGAAAAACAUGACAAAGACCGAAGAAACAGAGACGAUUCCAGCAGCCAUAAAUCUCAUACUGACAGGGGAGAAAAAGUUAAAAUUGAAAAAGAUUUAACAGAAAAACCUGACCGGGAUAGUGAAAGAAAGCACGUCGAAGAUAAAAUACGUCAUGAAAAUCAUAAAAAGGAGAAAGCCGAUAGAGACAAAAGGAGGGAUGGGAUAGAGUGUCAUGAGUCUUCAAACAAAUCAAAAAAGGAAGAGAAACACAAAACAGAGAGAGUUAAAAAGGAUAGUUUAGAUAGCAAGCGAGAUCACUCAAGGAAAGAACAUGACUCCAAAAGCGGUAGGUCAAGAGAAGAAACUUCAAGAGAUAUAUGUCGUAAAGACUCCACUGACUCAUCGACUUCAAGGGCUUCUCAUGAUUCUUGUAAAAAUAAAGAUUCAGAAAACUUGGAAGGAAAGGAGGAAAGUAAACCAAAAGUGAAAUUAAGUAAUGAAUUUAUCACAAAACAUGAUCUUGAAAAGGAUUUACAUCAAAAAAUUAUUGAUUCAAAGUCUGACAGUAAGCAAAAAUUGAAAAACGAGAUAAAGGAUGAAAAAGAUUAUUCUGAUGCACAUUUAAAGAAUAAAUCCGAUACAAAUACGGAACAAAGUUCCAAAAGUAAAAGUGAUUUAAGUGAAAAACAAAGACAUUACUCUCUUGAUUCGUCUGGUAUCGACUGUAAGCGUAAAGAGCGUCUUAAUUCUUGCUCGAGCUUACCGCCUAAUAUUGGUCAUAAACGAAGAUUGUCAUCCCAAGAUAGUCUUGAAUGUCUGAGUGAAGACGUAAAAAAGUCCAAAAUUGAUGUGAAAGGUCCGGAAAGAAGAGAUUCAAAAGACUGUCGGGGAAGUGACAGACAUAAGACAACAAAAUUUAAUAAAGGCCAUUUUGUAAAAAUUAUUGAAAGUAAAACUAAAGAUGACAAGAAAAGUCAAGUUAAACCACCUGAUGAUAGUUUUAUUGAAAGUAAGGAGAGUGAAAAUAAAGAAAUAUCAGGAGCUAUAAGUGAUAAAAAUAAAAUUCUCAGAAAAAGCCCGAAAGAAAAUAAUAUAGAUAAAAUAGCUGAAAAUUCGGUAGGGCAGUUAGAUGCAUUACAGAAUGACUUGGAUUUCCUGGCUACUUUAGAAUUACGGUCUAGUGAAGAAGAUGAAAAACAAAAAGCUCUUAGAAAAGAAAUGAAAGAAAAGAAACGUAUACAACAGUUGCAACAAAUACAAGAAUUACAAAUGCAACAAGAUGCGUUACAGCAAGCGGAAUUAUUAAAUAAACUGAAAGAAGACAAAAAGCACAAAAGUGAUGAAAAGAAAAAGGAUUUGGUCCGUGAAAAACGUAUGUCAACAGAUCGUAGGAGUAAAGACGAGAAAAAUGACUGUAAUAAGCGAAAGAAUCGUAAACUUAUUCAAAGUACAGAUAGCUCUGACUCUGAUGAACCUAAGAAACAUUCAAUCUUUGAUAUUAUUGAUGAUGAACCAACAUACAUAUCAAUGUAUGAUAAAGUGAAAGCACGAUCGUGUAAGAAUAUGCAAAAACAAGAAGAAGAAAAGCGUCAAGAAAAAAUUAAGGCUAAAUUCAGUCAGUUAAAACAAAGUAGAGCUAAACGUGAAGAAAAGAAGAGAUCAAGUUGGGAUGAAGAUAGUGAUUCAGAAACCGAUAGAAGAAAAUCAGUCAAAAACUCUAUGGAUAGUUCUUCGGACGAUGAGCAAAUUGUUCUCCAUAGUAAGAAACGUGAAAAAUCUCAUGCAUCUAGUUUGGAUUACGAUAAAAUAAAAACCAUUGAUUACUUUAGUGCACCAACUACUGAAGAUGACUGUCGUAAUAAAUUAUCAAGAAAAAAUUCAAGAUCUCGUAUUAUGUCUGACACAUCAGAUGAUGAUAGUUCAAGAAGAAAUAUUUGUAGAAGUCCUGACUUUAGCCAUAAAAUAAAGAAAGAAUUGCUAUCAGAUUCAGAGUCCUUGCAAGGUGGUAAGGAAACGGAUAGCCAUCUUGGGGAGGAUAAAAUAAAAAAGACAUCUCUCCUGAAUUUAUUUGGCAAAUCUGAUUCUGAUGAUCAUAAAUUAAAAUCUCGCGAAGUUGAAGAGGAUUACAAAAUGCACUAUAUAAAACCCGGUUGCAAUGACCUUUCUUCUGAAAGUGAAUCACUUACCUCUAACCGUAAUACUUCAGAAAAUCGUAAGAAGCAUAAAAAGAAGCAAAGGAGGCAUAAGGUGUCACAUUCAGAUGAAGAAAUUAAAUUGGAGAUUAAUAAUGAGCUUGAAGGCGAUAUAAAGCACAAAACUUCAGAAAAGUUACGGCGCCACAGCACUAAAAAAGAAAAACGUAGGGAUAAAAUACGUGAGAGCGUUGAUACCGAUGACGCUCAAAUUAGAGAUGAGAAGAGUAAACAUAAAAAAGAGAAAAAAUCGCCAAAUCACCCUUUCGAUUUACUGCAAGAAUUGUGCCCAAGUACUAAAAAAGAUGGAAAAAUGGAAGAUAUAUUUGGACCGUUAUCCGAUGAGUCUGAUAAAGAAAGGGACAUUCGUAAGUCUUCCAAUAAUAAGUUAGACUAUACACAAGAUUUCGAUUCUGCUUUAUGUAGUACACCGGGUGAUAAAGUAGAAGCGUUCCUAAGUUCAGAAGACGUAAAAACUUUCGAUAAAGAUGAUAAUAAAAGAAAAAGAGAUAGGAAACGCAAAGAUAGAAGAUAUUUACUUAAGGACGAUGAUAAUAGUUUGGAUGUAGAUGCUGUUAGCAAAGCCAUUGAAGCCAGGUUAUUCGCGGACGCCGCAAGUCACGAGGAAAAUCGUACAAAAACUGGAAUGUUUAGUAGUCAAGCUACAUCCGAACUAAGUGAUCAUAAAUUCGAUGAAAACUCUUUUAAAACAGACUAUUCGAAAUCCAAUGAAAGGCACUAUGAUAAAUUUAAGAAAGAAUUCAGAGACAGAGAGAAACGCAAAAAGAAAAAGAAAAAUAAGGAAGACCGGCAAAGCCGUCGAGAUCACCACCAUUUUCACCAUAAUGAUAAAGCUAUUAAGUUAGAAGAAUUCAUAACUUUCGAAAGGACUGAAGAGAUAUCAGAAACUUUACUUAAAGAUAUACCUUUACCUGCUGAGAUACAGAAAGUGGAUCCAUUAGGCAAAUCCGUUGAUUGUAAUUCUCUUUCAGAGUCACCUAGUCUCCCUAUGUUAACGGAUACUGCGACUUUGUUGCUAUCGAGUGAUAAUCAAAAACAGGAGUGUGAUUCUACUAAAAUUUUAAUUGUUCAAACUGAAAAUGACGUGCAACAUAUAAAAACUAUAGAGGUGAACGAUAUACCAAUGCCGCCUCCAUAUAACAAUACAAUUCAAAAUAUCAGUGAAGUACCGUUGCCUAAGGACCCUAUCCCACCUAAUAUUGAAAGUAAUAAAAAGGAAGCUUUUAUGCCCAGUUUUGAAAUAGAUGAUAAUGAAAAUGCUGUGCGUAGCAUAUCAAAUCUAGAUAAAGAAACUGAAAAAUCUGUUGAGAAAAUUGAUCCCCAUUCGUGUAAAGUUGAUAAAAAACUUGAGGAGAAACCAAGAGCUAUUAUUUCACAGGAAGAGACCGAGGAUGCUGUAGCUGCAUUAUUAGGGGAAAGUUUUGGUGGUAAAGAAAAUACAUUCGCUAAUUGUUACGAGGAAGUCGAAAGUAGUAAUGUUCGUGAAAUUGAAAUUGAAAGCACUGCUAUUGAAAAUGAGAACAUACCAGAGGAAGAUGCAGAGGAGAUGCGACAAGCAGUACAGAAUCUAAAUGCCAGUGAAAUGGAAAUGAAACCGGAUACACCAGUUUCCGAUAAUGACCUUUUAUUGAUCGAUACCGAUACAGAAGAAACCGAAGAAAAUACUCAAGAUUCUAUUGAACGAUUACCUGUCAAUAUAAUUGCAACCAAUCAAUCACUGACUAAAAAUUCUAAGGACAACAAUCCUCCUAAAUCUGAAGAAACCACCAAUGUUAUUAUUUCCAAGCCGAAGCCAGUUGUUGCGCAUAACACCAGUUCCGAAAAUAGCGAUACGAAAAACAAAGAAUCUAACAUUGCAUUUCCCUUGCCGAAAAGAGACACAGCGCAACAGGCCACUUCUACUGCCACACCUGUAAUAACAUCUUGGACUUUAACUAAUAAUAAAUUAAUCGACCCGCAUUUGGUAAAUAGGCCCUCAAGUCCAUUACCAUGCAGAGAAACUAAUGAAACUAAGCCAACUCAUAUUUCAACCAAUAUCGUUCAGAUUAAAGCGCCCACCAACCAGAUAAAUAACUCGUUAAGACCAGUCAUAAAUGCGACUAGAACUAAAACUAAAGAAGGUAAUAAGAGACGCCAAACGAGGCAAGCCGGCCCGAAAGCUGACAAAGCUCAAAACGCCGAUACAAGAAAAUCUCCCAGAGGCGUCAAAAGAACUAGGGACAGAAGUUUAUCGGAUGCGUCAAUGGAAAGUUGUGAUGAAAAACUUAAAAAAGAAGACGGCGCAAGAGACACGAAAAUACCUAAAACCGUGGAAUCAACCGUUGUCUGCCAACCGGUUUGUGAGCCGGAGCCCGCGCCAAUUAUAAAAACUAACACACCACCUGUCAUCACACAACCGCCGCCGCCGCCAACUCCGACGCCUAUUAUGAAACCACCUAAGAAGAUGAUAUCGGAAAUUAAUGCGAAACUGGCGAGCGCAUCGGCCACAACGAUCAUGGGGGCGGCAUCUCCGAAUGUGGCCGGUGUGCCGGGGGUUCCCGGCGUGGCCGGCGUGCCGGGCGUGGCGGGAGUGCCCGGCGUGUCCGGCGUGCCCGAGCGCGCUGCGCAGCACCAGGCCGACAGGGCGCCCGCGGAGGCCGACAAGCAGGGUAUCCCGACUCGCGAGCCGCGCAACCAAGACUUCGUGUCGGCCACGGGCGAGCCCAGCGACUCGAGCUUCGUGCGCCGCCUCGUCGACAACGUGCCCGGCAACAUGAUGCCCGUGGGCGCCACGGAAGCGACCGACGCGCGCGUGCAAUCGCCAGCGCUCCCGCAUAGACCACCAUCCACACAUCGGCCCACCGAUCGAGCGACGCCAGUGGUAGUGAGGGGAGGAGACAGCGAUUCGGACGUGCGUUGUAUAUCGAGCGUGGGCGCGGUGAGCAGUGUGGGCGGCGGGGCAAGCGUGGGAGUGGGCGUGGGCGCCGCGGCGGCCGGCGGGUCGCGGAUACGGGCCUACUCCGGCGCCGCAAGCUUGCCGCGCGGCGCGCACUUGCCACCCCCACAUCACGCAAAGCAGAUCGCCGUUGUUGGGCCCCAUCAUCACCAUCAUCACCCUGGAGCUGCUUCCCGCGUUACCAUAACCAGCGUACCAUCAAUCAGCCCCCAAGGCCAAAUGCCUAUGUCUGCGGAAUUAGUGAGAAGUCCUCCGCCCGCGCAUCAACAGACUUCUCCCGUUACCUCGGUAUACCACAAAGGCGACGGAAUGUAUCCUCACUUUUCUCACCAACACUAUCAGAUGUACCAACAACAUUUCCGUGCCACUCAGCAUGAAAGUCGGGCCACACCUUCACCCUACACCAGGUCGCUAGAGGCGGAGGGCUCUGAGGCGCCGACGCCGCCGCUGGAGCUGCGGCGGCCGCCGUCGGCGCGCGUGCCUCGACCCACGCACUCGCCGGCGCCCGCGGACCGCUUGCUUCUGUGCGAGACCGUGUGCCGUCCGCCGCCGGCGCACAGCGCGCGCCUGCCCGCCGCGCUGCCGCCGCCCGCCGCGCCCGGCCCGCCGCACGCCUCGCAGGUGCCGCGCGAGGCGGACUCCCUGCAGAUGCUGCUCAGGCGGUACCCGGUGCUGUGGCAGGGCCUGCUGGCGCUGAAGAACGACGCGGCGGCGGUGCAGAUGCACUUCGUGGGCGGCAACCCGGUGGUGGCCGGCGACACGCUCACGGAGGGCUGCACCUCGCUGCUGCGCAUCGCACAGCGCAUGCGCCUCGAACCCGCCCAGCUCGACCAGGUGCACCGCAAGAUGAAGCUGGAGAGCGAGCAUUGCAUCUUAUUGGCGCUGCCAUGCGGCCGGGAUCACAUGGACGUACUACAGCAGUCCAACAAUCUCACCAACGGCUUUAUCACCUACCUGCAGCGCAAACAAGCUGCUGGAAUCGUCAACGUCGCUCCACCAGGACACCAACAAGCCGUGUACACAGUACACAUCUUCCCAUCGUGUGACUUCGCGAACGAGAACUUGAACCGCAUCGCACCGGACCUGAUGCACCGCGUGGCCGACAUCGCGCACCUGCUCAUCGUGAUCGCCACCGUA